UACCUUUAGUUUACAAGUAGUAACACAUGUGAUUAAACACGCUGCACUGGAAGAGAUCAGAGGGAAUCCCAAUACAUAAAAUUCAUUGUAACAAGUUGCAGAAAUAAAAGCAACGAAGAUGAAGUUGAAGUGUGUAGCAUACUUGAGCGUGGUAGCUCUGCUUUUGUGCCAAAUGCUUUUGGUGGAGGGCAACAAAGAAACAGAAGGAAAAAGAGAGAAGGAUGGAACUGGAAAACAAAGACAGAAAGGUGCAGCUAAAGAAGGAAAACAAGCUAGAACUAGCCCAGAUAAUAAGGACAGCAAAUCUAAAGGACAAAAAGGCUCGCUUCAAGGCAAGUUUGUGAGCAAAGAAAAAGCAGACUGCAUUUGGUCAGUAACCGGUACGGAGACGGUGCAUUUAAAUGUACAGUGCACUAAAGGAGAAUCUACAUUUUCAUGCACAUUUGCUGGAAACCCAUCAUCUUGCCCUAAAUAUGCUGAAAAUCAAAAAUCCUAUUGGAAGCAGAUUGCUAGAGCUUUAAGAAAGCAGAAGAACAUUUGCCAGGAUCCUAAAGCUGUUCUGAAAUCCAAAGACUGUAAGAAAGGACCACAGGAGGCACACAUGCGUUACAUCAUCUCCAGUAUGAUUGUCCCCGAGGAUAAAGGCAACAGUCAGAGAGAUGUAAACCCACCAAAACCAGGCACUGUGACUGAAGCCAAGAAAGAAUGUUUAGAGGACGAAGACACAGCUGAAAAGAAAAGAAUAGCCGAGGAGUACUGCGGGUCAUCCUGGAGCUCCUUGUGCAACUUCUUCCUCUCUAUGGUGCAGAGUAAAAGUUGCUAAGAACUUUAUUUUGUAAAAUGCAAAAUUACAAAAUGUGGUUAUAUAUAAAGAUGCUUUUGGCUUUUGUAAUGCUUUAUUUAAAUUUUGAUUCAAAAAAGGAUAAAUAUGGUUACGUGUUACCAGUGUGAUGUUCUAACAUUCCACUAUUUACAAUGAUGGCCAUUUUAGUCUUGAGUUGGGAUUUGUUCCUGGCUGUAAAUUUUCAGUACUGUGUACUACCCCUAAACAUUUGUAUUUUCUUCUUUUUUUUCAUCGAAUAAAUGUGCUUAAAGGA